GGCUGCCGUUCAUCUUUGAAGUCACUUUACCACUGAGCUUCUAAAGCAGCUCAUCACAGAGUACAACGUUCUUUCAGUGAUCUAAGUCACUGUUAUGUCCUUUAACUUGAGAAGAACCCCAGGGAAACUUUCAGGAUGAGGAAAAGACUGUGUUUUUGUGGUUGAAGCCACAAACAGAGGUUACAGUGAGCACUGAGAAGAACUGGAAACGACACCAUUACACUAAAAUGGCCACACAGAAACCUGCAGACAAGUACAAUGCUGUGUGGCUGAUUUUCUUCAUGCUUGGAUUAGGAACUCUACUGCCAUGGAAUUUCUUCAUGACUGCCACAGCGUAUUUUACCAGCCGUCUGGCAGACAACUCAACCGUUGUGGGGGAUGCUGAGGGAGACAACCGGAGCGUUUUGCAAGCCAAGUUCAAUAAUGUGAUGACACUGUGUGCCAUGAUCCCACUUUUAGUCUUCACCUGUCUCAACUCCAUUCUACACCAGAGAAUCCCUCAGAAGCUAAGGAUAAUGGGUAGUUUGUCUGCCAUCUUGUUGGUGUUUUUGGUCACUGCUAUCCUGGUUAAAUUGUCUAUGGAGCCUUUGCCCUUUUUUGUGAUCACCAUGGCAAAAAUUGUCAUCAUUAAUGCGUUUGGAGCUGUUCUGCAGGGUAGUCUUUUCGGCAUGGCUGGUACACUGCCUGCCUCCUACACUACACCAAUCAUGAGUGGCCAGGGGCUGGCCGGCACCUUCGCUGCCUUCUCCAUGAUCUGCGCCAUCGCUAGUGGUUCUGCUAUAACAGACAGUGCUUUUGGCUACUUCAUCACGGCCUGUGCCGUGAUAGGCCUCGCUAUCCUGUCUUACAUUGCUCUCCCCAAACUGGAAUUUUUCCAGUACUACCAAGAAAAAAGCCAUAGCAGUCCUGAACAAGAUGAGGAGAACAAGAUGGAUUUGUUGCAUAAAGAGGAAAACAAGCAAGGCGCAAGCACCAGUGAGGACGUUCAGAAGAGUCCUUCCAUUGUAGACAUCUUUAAAAAGAUCUGGGUGAUGGCCUUCUCUGUGUGCUUUUGCUUCACAGUAACCAUUGGCACUUUCCCUGCUGUCACUGCAGAUGUUAAAUCUACCAUUGCUAAUGGAGGAGCUUGGGGGGAUUACUUCAUCCCUGUGUCCUGUUUCCUGCUCUUUAACGUGUGUGACUGGGCAGGCCGGAGCUUGACUGCUGUGUGUAUGUGGCCUGGGAAGGACAGUAAGCUCUUGCCGAUGCUACUAUUGGCCCGCUUGGUCUUCGUGCCCCUCUUCAUGUUAUGUAAUGUCCAGCCACGCUACAGCAUUCCCAUAUUCUUUGAACAUGAUGCCUGGUAUAUCAUCUUCAUGAUCUUCUUCGCCUUCUCCAAUGGAUACUUGGCCAGCCUCUGCAUGUGCUUUGGUCCCAAGAAAGUGGCUGGGAACGAGGCAGAAACAGCCGGAGCAAUCAUGGCCUUCUUCCUGUCUCUUGGCCUCGCUUUGGGGGCUGCCCUCUCCUUCCUGUUCCGAGGGGUCAUUUGAGAAGACCAGUGAACAAACCUGAAGAGACUGUUUUACAUGUCUGUCUGAAGAAAACAGCCUCACUUUUACUCCAGAUCAGGUUUUUGAUGGUGAACACAGUGUGAUCCAAGAUGGGGCUGGUUUUGUGGACAUUAAGCCUAGUCUUGAGCUAAACUGCAAUGUUAAUGGUGUUUUACCAUUAAAAAUCCUUGUUAGUGUAGGUUUAGGCUCAAUUUGCUCUGGCCCUUAACAGUUUAGCCAUCUACUCAAAGUUCAAAAGCAUGUGUGAUAGAGAAAAAAGGACAAGGCAAGAUUGUAGGACAACGACUUAACAUAUCUUUAAACUGGAGAAGGAGCUAAAUGCUCCGACUGUGAAGCUCAAUAAGGCUACCUCCCUCAGACCAUGAGUGCAGAAUUUAACCACCAGUCAUUUGUAAAAACCGCAUUUCAUUUGCUUGUAGACAUUUUCUAAAUGUUGAUAUUUCACUGCAACUGCCUUGAAAUGUUUUUUUUUUAUAUGAACAUCAUACAAAACCGAGUUAUUCUUAAGAAGCACGAUAUUUUUAGUUAUUAGGCUGUAGUGUAACGUGUGUGUUGGACAUUUCCAGUUAUGAAAACACUUUCUAUGAAGGUGUGACAUUUACAGUAAAUAAUAUUCUAGCAUAUAAUAAUCUUUAUACUAACUGACGCUGAUCAAAACAUUAAUUUUCAUAUAAUUUCAUAUUUUUGUAAUAACACUAGAAGUUAUUUGAAGCAACUUUUGACACCUCACCCUGUUUUUCCACUAAUGUCACAGGAUUUAGUGUCAUGGCAUUUUUUUAUUUCCUCAACCUCAAGUAAAAUCGAAUUUUAUUUUAUGUUCUGUUUUUCAUGCGUUUAUAUGAACUGAACUAUUGAAUUGAUGAAGUGAAGACAUUGUAGAUGAGACUUUGACAAGUUUUACCAUUUCCAUUAGAUUACAUGGUCAGUUUUUUAACCCAAGAAAGAAAAAAAAACGUGUUUGUGGUAAAUGGCUUGAGUGAAUUCCACCAUUUUUUCAAAAUUUCUUUAUAAAUAAAUAGUUGAGAUGUAAACAAAGUCCUUCAGAGUGCUUGUGAAAUGUGAAAUGCUCCGUUCUAACUUGCCAAGACAGAUUUGUUUACAUGUGUUGUGAUAGGAACCAGACGUCUGAAGUGUUUAAUGCCUCUAAAAACAGAAAUGUAUUACACUGUGGGGUAACAAAUUCAUUGCCUGAUACUAGACAUAGAGGUAUGCAAUAUAUAUAUAUAAAAAAUUUAUAAAACCCUGCUUUCUAUCACUGUAAAGGCACAAACUCAGUUUCUCUACAGUCAACCAUUUCACAUCAAAUUACUCAGAAGGACUUUGUAUACUCAUAUAUAUUAUUAUUAUAUAUUAUAAUUCCUCUUUAAGUAGAGACUAGCUGAACAUUCACAUGUAAUUCUAAAAGCACUGAGAGGCAUAAACACUUUUCUUCAUGUCAGUGGCUGUUGCUUCUCAUGCAGAGCUUAGUUUAUGAUUUUCUAGUCAUUUCCCAACCACUUUUAGUUUUAUGCAGCCGUCAGCGCUGUUAUUUUGACCCUGCAUGCAGGCUUAACAGUGAAACUGCAGGCCCAGUAAACAGCUGCUGUGAGGAUGCUGUAAAACCUCAAAGCAGAAUUCUGACUCUAAUAUAAGGAGAUGACCACAUGUACACUCUACCUCUCAUACAGAGCUGAAAAGUCCAUUCUAUACUGCUUUACAUGUUCUGUGCACUUUUUACAAAUGAACCAAAAUAUCACAACAUAAGCCUCAUUAAUAAACACCUGUAUAUUACUAUGUA